AGCAUGGCGUCAGCGUUCCCGAGCUGGUCCCUGGUGCUGGUGGUGACCGCGAUCGUCGGCCUGCGGUUAGACAGUGCGGCUGCCGCGCCAAUGUACCGAUCAGGAGCCCGGGAAGCGGUGCAGGGCUGUGGGCGCAGCACGCAGGCUGAGCUGGUCGAGUGCGUCGCCGCGUCCGUCCAGCAAUUCGUGAACUUUAUGUCGAGCGGCAAGCUGACACCGAAACACUGGAUCACCCCGUUCGAUCCGCUUCACCUGCCCAACAUGACCAUCUACCAGCGGAAGGAGAUGCGCGCGAAAGCCGUCUACGUGAACCGCUAUCUGGUGGGGCUGAAGAACAGCUUCAUCCAGGACGUCAGGGUCGAUCUGGAUCGGCUACAGUUCAACGCGACGGCCCUGCUGCCGGCCCUGGAAAUACUGGGCAUGUUCGCGUCGGCAGUCGGUCAGGAGAGCGACCUGGCGACGGAAAACUCCAUCCUAACCUUCUCACUACGCAACACUGUGAUCGACUUUGUGGCCCGCGGUUCGCUCUACACACCGGAAGGAAGCUCGUCCCCGCAUCUAUGGCUACAGCUCGACAUCAACUACAUGGCGAUCGCGAGCUACGUGCUGAGCGAGCAUCUCGGCACCGACCACGGGACGUCCGCAGCGCCGGCGGCAUCCGAGGACGACGAUUGGGUGUCGGACGCCCGGAGCUCCAACCGGGCGGACCGCAGCAGCGCCACGGCCGCCAUCACGCCCGCCAAGUUCAUGAAGCUGAUGGAGAAGGACCUCCGGGUGCAGCUCAUCCGGCGGCUGCAGUACAUCGCAAACGAGGCGCUAGCGUUGGCGCCAUUCGACCAGCUCUUUCCCGUCUGA